AUGGAAUUGAAACAUCUGAAUAAAUUUGUAGAGGAAUACAAACUCAUCAAGAACGAUAAAUUAAUCAAAUACCUUCUCAUUCUAGGCAUAGGGUUUGUAAAGCAUAAGCUAGAAGAUAUAAAUUAGGAAGCAAUCAAAUUAUUAGCGAAUUCAUUCAAACAGAAGUCUAUUCAUUAGGAAUUGAAAAAUUUGAGAAAUAAGGUUCUCUCUCUAGAGAAGCAUAUUCAACCAGAAUAACAAAUUAAAUAUCACAGUCAGCCUAAAUUAAUGCCUCCCAAAGUUACACCAAAAAUCACUGAAUAAAUUCCACUUUAAUAGAAUGUUAAAAAGGCAGUACCAUUUAAGCAUCACUUGGAUGAUUCUGAGAUCAAAUCAAUAUUAUGGAAUCAAUAUAGCGACAAUCAUAUAAGCAAUAAUGAUUCUUAACAUUAACCUCCAAGAAAGCAAACUAUUGAUUAAUAACCGAUAAUCCCCAAAUAUUUACCAAGAAACAACUCACAAACUGAAAUACAUCCUCUAUCAUAACGUGAGAACAGCACCAGACAAGUUACUUAACGAUCAUCUCAUCAUUCAAGUCAAUUUGACAGUUUGCAUAAUCGAAAUUCUCCGAAAUUCAAAGGAGAGAAGAAGAAGAGCAUAUGCAAAGAGAAUAAGGCAUCUGGGGGAGCGGGAGGAGUGCCUAAACAUCUUAGAUAAGUGUAAUCAAAAAUAAAAUCGUAAAUUCAAUAUGACAAAGAAUAAUAUAAAUCCAAUAAUAGCUAAAAAGAAGAAGAAUAGACAAUCAACAUUGCCAAUAGUUCAUUAAAUCCAUUUAAUAAUACCCCAUAAAACAAAUUGUUUUAGCCUUGUCAUUCUACUCAUUUUGGCAGUGGUUAAGUGUCAAGUGCUAAACUCCAAUAAUAAUAGAUGUAGAUUUAGGAUUUAAAUAAUAUUACCGAAAGGAAAGUAUUCAAUCUUGAUGAAAUUGCAUCUUCAUUUUUGAAUUCUCCAUUCAUGAAGAGUCAGAUAUCUCAAAGACUGUUUGCGAAAUAAGAGUCUGCCUCACAAUCAUCAUCAUCAAGUACAUUCUCCUUAUUUAAUCCGAACAAUGAACUAAAAAACUUCUUCUAGUAAUUAGAUAAACAAGUAGGAAACUCAUUGUCCUUUUAAUUUUGA